AUGACUGAAAACGACCUGUAUGAGCAAUACCAAUCAGCGUACAGACCUCUCCACAGCACCGAAACCGCUCUUGUGAAGGUGAAAAACGACAUAAUGUUUGCUUUUGAUAAAGGCCAUGCUGUAUUGCUGUUAUCACUCGAUCUUUCGGCAGCAUUUGAUACCAUCGACCGGCAAAUCUUGAUCUCUCGUAUGUCAAGUAGGAUAGGAGUCGAUGGCAUUGCACUCCAGUGGUUCAAAUCCUACAUUGAAGACUGGACCACCAAAGUAGAAAUAAAUGGAAAGUCAUCCCAACCCAGCAGGAGUUCGAUAGGCCUUCCACAAGGAUUUGUUUUCGGGCCAAUCGGCUACACCAUCUACACUCUACCUGUCAGAGACAUCGCUCGUCAGCAUAAUAUAUUCUACCACACUGAUGCUGAUGACAUACAACUCUACAUAACAUUUGAUCCUAAGAAGGCUUUCAGCCUAGAUGAAGCACUAAAGUCACUUUCUUCUUGUGUGGUAGAUAUCAACACUUGGAUGACACAUAACAGACUGAAACUGAAUGAAGAAAAGACUGAAUUUCUUGUAAUUGGUUCUGUUCAUAGCCUUUGUUGCCUUGGAAAUGUUACUCUCAAUGUAGGUUCCACAGUUAUUGUACCUUCUAAAUCAGCCAGGAACCUUGGUGCUUACUUUGAUUCGUCCGUUGCCAUGCCAGCCACUCAGCCUUCUUCCUUUGAAUCCAUUCAAGCAGAUUUCAUCCACCACAAUAAUGCCAAACACUUCCGUAUCAUUGUUCUAUAUCGUCCACCACCUUCCAAAAAAGCUAACUUUCCACUCAGCACGUUUAUUGAUGAGUUUACUGAUCUGCUGGACAGCCAGGCACUGUUCCUCGGGAAUCUCAUCAUUCUCGGCGAUUUUAACGUGAACUGGGGUGAUAACUCCACUGCCCACAGUCGACUCGGUGAUCUCCUAAUGCAGCACGACAUGCAACAACUAGUCAACACCGGAACUCACACGUCUGGUCACGUAAUAGAUCUUGUGAUCACCCGACAUCCUCAUUCCCUCAUACUAUCCACCACAACAGCAAACUUCAUUUCGGACCACUGCGCUAUCCACUGCCAGCUUGAUUUGGAGAAACCCAAAUACAUAAGGGGUCAGGUUACCUAUCGCAAAAUAAAGACAAUAGACCAGGUGAAAUUUAAACAGGACAUCAUCGCAUCUUCCCUCUUCAGCAACCCAGUCGACCCCCUCAUCAAUCAGUACAACAACGUUCUCAGAGUACUGCUCGACACCCACGCUCCAACCAAGACCUGUUCCAUCAUUGUUAAACCUAUGGUUCCUUGGUACAACGAAGACAUUGCUUUAGCUAAACGCAGGCGUCGACAACUCGAACGACGUUGGCGCUUAACGAGCCUCCAGGUUGACCGUGAAAUCUACAAAGCUCAGCGAGAACUGGUUAAAGUUAAAUUCAACAACCACAAGGCCAACUACUACUCCGACAAAAUACCCACAGCAAUGGUUGACAGCUUUUCUGAUUUUUUCAGAGAAAAGAUCAUCAAAAUCAGAGACAACAUUUCCCUACACACUGAACCCUAUGCUGACCCCCACGUUGAAGAGUGUGAGUUCCACCAAGUUCCCCUCACAGCAUUUACCAUCGCCUCAAAUCAAGAAGUCACUAAGAUAAUCAAGAGCUCCCCCAUGAAGACCUUUGCUCUAGAUCCAAUUCCAUCAGCCAUGGUGAAAGAACACAUCGAUGUGUUGGUUAAGCCCAUAGCGGCAAUAAUCAACAGAUCUCUUACCUCAGGUCACUUCCAAGAUUGCUUGAAGAAGGCUCUCAUUACUCAAGUUUUGAAGAAACAGUCUCUCGACAAAAAUAAUUUAAAUAAUUUUCGUCCAAUUUAUAACUUAUCAUUUGUGUCGAAGGUUGCUGAAAAGGUAGUAGUCGCCAGAUUUAAUGCCCACCUCACGGAGUAUGGCUUGCGUGAUGACUUCCAAUCCGCUUACACUAGUUUCCAUAGUGUAGAAACAGCUUUGUUGAAAGUCCAUAAUGACAUCAUGAUUGCCAUUGACAACAAACGGGCGGUUCUACUGGUGCUACUCGACCUUUCAGCAGCCUUCGACACAGAAGACCACAACAUCCUUCUGCAUAGAUUACAUUUUCAAUUUGGGGUUCAGGAAACUGCCAUCAACUGGUUCAAGUCAUAUUUGCAUAAUCGUACUCAGUCUUCUCACAUUUCAGGGAAUCUAUAA